UGGGAGGCAAAUUAGCAUUAAAGAAAUGGCUUCUUCUGUAGACCAUGCCACUGAAUCUUUCAGUAGUCCAAACUGGGGUACCCAUUUUGUUGCUGUGGAGAGUGUGCAAGAGCUUGCACUAAACAAACCCAAUGACAUUCCCCAGAGAUACAUCAGAUCAGAAGAAGAAAGGCCAUCUUCAAAACCACUCCCUUCUCUCUUGACAGUUCCUGUUGUUGACAUGGAAAAGCUACUCUUGCCCUCUAACAACCAUGAAAGACAGAAGGAGAUGAGCAUUCUUUCUAAGGCCUGCAGAGAGUGGGGCUUCUUUCAGGUUGUGAACCAUGGAAUCCCGCAUUCUUUGAUAGAUCGCAUCAGAGGAGUGGCUAAUGAGUUCUUUAGUCUUUCCUUAGAUGAGAAGAAAAAGUAUACUCCGCAAGCAGGAGAUCCUCAAGGCUAUGGUAAUAUGUUUGUAGUUGAUGAAGAUCAGAAGUUGGACUGGGGUGACUUGAUUGCUUUGGCUCUUAUGCCUAAGAAACUUGUCAACUUAGCUCUGUGGCCAACCACACCAGCAGAUUACAGAAAUACAUUACAGAGUUACACCACUCAAAUGGAAAGGGUGGUUGAUAUGAUCCUUAGUCUAUUUGCUGAAAACUUACAAUUAGAGAGUGAUUAUUUCAAAGAAAAUUUUGGAGAAGAUCCAAUGAUGACAAUAAGAAUGAAUUUGUAUCCACCUUGCCCUAGGCCCGAUCUAGUGUUGGGGUUAAGCCCUCAUUCAGAUGGGGGUGUCAUAACACUUUUGCUUCAAGAUGACCAAACAGAAGGACUUCAAGUUCGCAAGAACAAUGAAUGGAUUCCUAUUCAACCCAUUCCUUAUGCACUUGUUGUUAAUAUUGGUGACCUAAUGGAGGUGAUGACAAAUGGAAUCUACAAGAGUAUAGAGCAUCGAGCCGUGACAAACAAGGAGAGGACAAGAUUAUCUAUUGCUAUGUUUUAUUAUGCAGGCAUAGAUGAUGAAGUCGCUCCUACAAGAAAAGUCAUCAAUGAAGAACACCCCUCCUUAUAUAGGAAGUUCAAACACCAAGAAUAUAUUCAAUAUUACAUGAAUAAACAACUCAAUGGAAAAAAAUCAUUAGCUAACUUUGCCAAAAUAUGUGAAUAGGAUUCAAGAUCACUAUUC